UUUCCGCUGAAAAAGCUUCAGCCCAAACAGAGCUGUCAAGCAGCUGCGGAGCGCUGCUCUUUGCUGCCGCUGGUAAGAUUGCAGGUGAGGUGACGUCAAGGCCUCACUGACGUUGCAAGUCGAAAUUCGAAUGCCGUUCAGGGAUCGUGUUCAUCAAUUUUUCACUCAUCUUAAACUAAAUAAAUACAACCGCGCUUUCAGUUUGUACAAUAUCCAGUCAGAUAACACUCGCCAGAGUGUCAGCUUGUAAUACCAUGAUGAUGCAGGAAAGGCGAAACCUUGGUAGAUCAAAUUAAUUCACCUGUGAUCGUGGGGCAGGAGGCUUGUGUAAUCUUAUACGUACCAUCAUCAAGACAAUUUUCAGCAUACGUAAGAUCAAAUCCCUCAUCAAAGCAUGGCGAGCAAUGACAGGGUUGCUAUUUUGUCGGAAGACGAAGAAGAUCAAAAAAGGAAGUAUGUUCUGGCUGAGCCUUUUAACACUCUGUCCUUGGAACAAGUCACUGAGCCCCCAACUGUCCCACCCCCUUUAGAAACCCCUGCAUCUGCCACUGAUGAUUCUGACUGGCUAGAAAGGCAGUGCAUACAAAUUAACAAUGAUCUCCUGAUAUCAAAGGUCUUUUACUUUUUCUUCUAUUCUGCAUAUGGAUCCUUGCACCCCCUUCUGCCUGUGUAUUACAAACAACUGGGUAUUUUGCCAAGUCAGAGCGGGCUGCUAGUGGGCAUCCGUUACUUCAUUGAAUUCUGCAGCGCUCCAUUUUGGGGAGUGGUGGCCGACCGUUUUAAGAAAGGGAAAAUUGUCCUUCUGUUUUCCGUUCUGUGCUGGAUUCUGUUUAACUGUGGAAUCGGCUUUGUAAGGCCUGCUGCCAUGACGUGUGUGAAUCUACAACCUUCUAACUCUACAACAACUACAGCCGCCAAGGUAACAUCCAAUUCCUCCUCUCUCAUGCCUCCAAAUGGUUCUGUUACCAGUCAUCGACAGAGGAGGGACUUGUAUGCAAACAGACAGCUAUCCACAGUUGUUUUUCCAUUACCUUCAUUUAACACAGAGCCUGUUUUCUCUCUCAGAAGUGCUGAUAAUGAGACUGCUAAUUCAACUACCCAGAGACCAACCCCAAGCAAAACCACCACAAGCAUUACCACUAAAACCACCACAAAAUCACCAAACCAAUAUAUUGUCACUACUGACAGUGCUCAAGUGGAGACCAUCUUUCUGCUCAUCCUACUAGUUAUUAUAAUAGGAGAGUUUUUCAGCGCGCCAGCUGUUACCAUCGUGGACACUAUCACCUUGCAGUAUCUAGGCAAGCACAGGGACCGCUAUGGACUGCAGAGAAUGUGGGGCUCUUUAGGGUGGGGGUUGGCUAUGCUGGCUGUUGGCAUUGGAAUUGACCACACACACAUUACAGUCUUUAUUGUAGGCACAGGCUGUGACUUGCCAGAUUACAAAGACUACCGCAUUGCUUUCAUUGUGUUUGGGGUCCUUAUGACAGUUGCUCUCAUAGUGGCCACCCAAUUCCGCUUUGACUCGAGCCAUUUGAUGCAGGAGGAUGAAAAAAGGGAAGAAAUAGAAAUCCCCCAGGUGGUUCGCAAUGCCCCCGAGGAAACGGGUGCAGGAGAUGGUUCUUAUACCAGUCCACAGGCUAGCGGAGAACAGUUCGACUACAGAUACCUACUCAAGCUGCUGUGCAGUGUUAAGUACGGCAGUGUCCUCUUUGUGGCCUGGUUCAUGGGCUUCGGCUAUGGGUUUGUGUUCACCUUCCUAUACUGGCACUUGGAGGACCUGAAAGGGACCACCACUCUGUUUGGAGUCUGCUCUGUCUUGAGUCAUGUUUCAGAGCUAGCCGCUUACUUCUUCAGUCAUAAGCUGAUCGAGUUAAUCGGACACAUCAGGGUUUUGUAUAUCGGAUUAGCGUGCAAUACAGCUCGUUACCUGUACAUAUCCUACCUGGAAAAUGCUUGGAUUGUUCUCCCAGUGGAAGUUCUUCAAGGAGUCACCCAUGCCUCGGUGUGGGCUGCUUGCAUUUCCUAUCUGAGUGCUGCAGUGCCUCCAGCACUGAGGACGUCGGCCCAGGGAAUCCUGCAGGGCCUUCAUCUGGGGCUGGGGAGGGGCUGCGGGGCCAUGGUGGGGGGAGUCUUUGUGAAUUACUUUGGUGCGGCUAAAACAUUCCGAGGAAUUGGAAUUGCCUCUCUUGUGAUUCUUUUAUUAUUUGCACUUAUUCAGUGGUUGUCUGUGGAAAAUGAAGAUGAAGAAGAUAAGAUGCUGGCAGAAAACAUACCAGUUCCAUCCAGCCCGGUUCCCAUAGCAACCAUUGACCUUGUACAAAACCAAUCUGAAGUGGUUCUGCCCCGAGUGGAGCCCAAACUGCCCCUGAAGAAAACCAAACACCAGGAGGAGCAGGAGGACCUGAAUAAACCAGCAUGGGUGAUCUCUUCAUCUCCAUGGGUUACCAUUACUUAUGCCAUCUAUCAGAUGAAAGAGAUGGUGAAGAUGUCGAAACGCAAUCGGGCUUCUGAGCACCAGUCUCAACAGGAAACUGAACCGUGUCCAUCAACUUCUCACGAUCAAAGAAAGACUUCUCCCAACUUGAAUGAAGCAGAAAAACCACUAGCGGCAGCAAAGAAUCAAGACCCAGCAAGCACAUGGGGUCCUGCAGCUCCGGAAGGCACAAACAACUCCCUGCAGGCUGCACAGGGCCUUCCAGACACCAGCCCAGCAGAGACUGUGGAGAACAGCAACCCCCUGCCAGGAAAUAUUGCUACCAAUUCAGCCCUGUCUCCAACAAACCCCUUCCAGCAACUAUAAAUAUGGAAGAGCUGUACAUACAAGCAAUAUCUGUACAUAUGAUAUAGCAAGGCAUUUGUUGCCUUUUUAUUUUGUUUUCAGAUUGCAUCGGAGAAAAUCAGGAAGCUACUACUCCUGGAUGGUAUUUUUGUGUUUGCUGCUGAGGAAUGGUUCUCUUUCCUAAAAGGUAAACGUAUUGGACAAUAUUAAUAAGCCUUACAGUAGUGCAACUUGCCACCUUGGUAGAUAGAGUAUAUAACAGGAAUAUUACUGGUGUACAUCCAGUGAUAGGCAUUUUUCUAAACACUAUUUAACGUUUCAGAAUGUUUAUUUUAAAUGUUAAAACCCCAAACGUACACCUGCUGGAAUUCUACAUGCUGUUUUCAACAUGUACCUGGUGUAUGAAGUCGCCGCUAAAUCAGCAACAAAUUGGCAGUAAUAACCAGCAAAUGAGUCCGAUAUCUUUGCUUAAUUGCCACAUAUUUUGAACGGGUCACGGGUGAUAAAUACUAAGUUAUUGCUCUCCAUAGUAACAAAAUAGUGGUCCUUUAAUGCAAACAAUUUAAUUCAUUUUCUUAUUCUGUGUACAUGUUACUUGAUAACAAUGUGACUAACUGAAGAAACAGCCCCUACGAAAUCAUCUCCAUUUUCAUCAAAAACGACAUCUUCAUUAAGAUUUUUUAUUUUAUUUUAUUUUGUUAAGAUGUGGCAAUUAAGCAAAGAUGUCGGACUCGUUCGCUUGUUAUUUCUGCCAAUUUGUUGCUGAUUUACGGUGACUUCAAUACCAGGUCCGUUCCAGGCUGGAGCCUGUUUGAAAACAGCGAGCAGAAUUCCAGCAGGAGUACCAACUGCAAAAAGUGCCUAAUACUUAGUACAGUACACAUAAUCGCAGUAGACAUUUCAAUUACAUAACUUUAUUUUUUUUUUUAAAAAAGCCCAGUUGCGUAACUUUUAACCUGCAGUUUAAUUGGCAAAAUGUUUUCCUGAACAGUGGUGUGCUAGACUUCCUGUCUACUUGUUGUUUUUGAACUGUUUGACAAUUCCAGAAGAAAUGUUUGUUUACCAGGACUUCCAGAGACGCCUGAAAAUGAAAUUGCAGUUUUAACACUGAAUACUUUGCUAAAAAGAAGUUCAUAUUAUGGGUUUAAAAAAGGUUUUGUAGGCUUUAGCAUACACUGGAAAAUGUAAAGACGUAUAUUUGUUAAUUUACUGUUGAAGGUUUAUGUAAAUAUUAAUAUAUGUUUGCAAUCAGUGUCCAGCACUGUAAACUUGUCAAAACAUAGGUUGUGUGUGUGUUUUUUUUUUUUAAUACCUAUACCAUCAGCUUAAUCAAGUAAAUGACUUGUGUAUAAUUAACAAUGUGUGCCUUUAAUCUCUUGUUUACUGUAUUCUAAUCAGUAGUUUUGUAAAUGGUUUUGGGUUUCCAGCUAACGAAAGCUACAGUGUUAAGGAAUGCAAUGUACUGUAAUGUUAAAACAAUUAACUUGCAAAAAAAUGAAAAGAAUAAACUGGAAAUAAGUAUA